UGCUGCUGCUUGCCGUUGUCGUCUUCCAUAUUUGCUGCCUCGUGCGCGUUCCAGGGAGGAAACAGAUGCGGCGAACGUCGAAGACGGCCAGGAAGAUGGAGAGGGUACAGACGAGGACCACGCUGUCCGUUGGGGCUGCGGGGUCAUCACGUCAGCGCUGCAGAAGUGCGGAAGCAGUCAGGCGUCCGUACGACCUCGCAUUGUACAGCCACCUGCCGUCCCACGAGAUACCGUUGCCUCCAAGUGACGAUGACGGCGACGACCCACGAUGUUCUACCCUUCCUCUGGGCAGCGGUUCGACUCAGGAUUGGAUGGGGAGCCAGCUGCACAGGCAGGCAUCGACGCCGACGUACACUGAUCUGCUGGAGGGGCAUACCCCGGCUGGUUAUGACGCAGGACUGGUGAUUAUCAGCUUCGGAUUGAGGUCCGGGAGUGCCGAGGAGGUGACGCGCACCGUUAUCGUGAACCCAGGUUCGGGCAGAACCCGCACACCGGCUCCAGUGACAACGCGGACUGGCGGAUCAGUUCCUUGUAGAACGGCGACGGCAGGUGGCACAAGGGAUGGACGACGCCCAAACGAAGAGUGGUUAGCAACGGAGGUCGUUGGUCGAAAGUUUUGGGAUGAUCAUCGGCGACAAUCGCGUGAAGCGAGCACGGCCGGCAUAACGAGAGGGGUGGCGAAGAUUACCGUGGGGGCGGACGAUAUAUUAGGCGAUGAAGAUGGUGCAGUUGCGGAGGAUUGCGAGGCGGACGACGGGGCCGGUGGCGACGACGAGGAGGACGACGAGGAGAUGGAGAUUCGUCCAGUAGGGAGAAAGCGGGGAGGGUCGAGGGCCGCGAAAAAGUUCCCGGAAACGCAAACGAGGCGGAGGGGGAAGAAGGGUGUGGAAGAUGGGUCGGCUGGCGAGGGAUCGAAAAGCCGGGAUUUUUGGACCGUGGAGCACAUGAUUGCUCUCAUCCGGGCAAAAAGAGACCAGGAUUCACAUCUUGCCGGCCUCGCGCACACCACAGGAAGGAUGAAGACGAAGACAUGGAAGUGGGACGACGUGGAGAAGAGGCUGGUGCAAAUGGGGGUGACGAGUAGAAAGGCCGUCAAUUGCGGGAAGAAAUGGGACAACCUGUACCAGCAAUUCAAAACCGUGCACAAGUUUAUGGGAGAAUCGGGGAAGCCAAAUUUCUUCACACUAACGCCAGGCGAGAGGAAGGAGCGGGGGUUCGAUUUCCAGAUGGAUGAGGGUGUGUAUUCGGAGAUGGCGGUGAUGACCAGGAGCGAUCACACCAUACACCCCACCAAUCUCGCCGACACCGGUCCACGAGGGGAGCGGGGAUGGACAGGACGACGAUCAAGGGUCCACGAGGGAUUCUAUCAGCGGCAGUGGUGUUGUCGGGGGCAGCAAACGGAAGAAUGUGAGACAACAGACCUUCGACACGAUUGCAGACGUGAUGAAGGAGCACGGGAGUCUGAUGGCGACAACCGUGGACGGCGCGAGCAAGAGACAAUGCCCCCACGGGGCGCCUCUGCGAGGGGCAGGAAAGAUGGCGGGGGGGGCGACGGUGGGGAAACCAACAAAGGCAGAGGCCACAUACCGAAGUCGAAAAGGCAGCGCAUCAAUGACGCCAGCUCCUCACAAACUGAUGACUUCCUCGCUGACGAAGUGGCUAUGGUGGACGCGCAAGGGACGGAAGGGGUCGCGAGGUUGGGUUUCGGGCGGGAUGGAGUGGCGAGGGAGCAGCUGCAAGCACUGAAACGCAGCGUUGUUGGCGGUGCUGUCGGGAUGGUGCCAAGGACCCCAAACACGGCAGGGGUUGUCGUCACGGGCGCGCGGGUCCCGGGACAACUUUCGUCGGCGGCAGGCCAAGGUCAGCCACGUCAGCCACUCCCCCUGCAACACGUGUUGGCAUCAGGGGGAGGGCACAUGGUGACCGCGCAAAAGGGCGACGCGACGGCUAGCGCUAGUCAGGCGGCGGCGGCAGAUCACACAGCUAAAGGCGGGGUCGUCGAAGACGGAAAGCGGGAAGGCAACGACGGCGACGACCGUCCACUUCUGCCGAGGGGGAAGGGAGCACCGAAGGGGGACGACCUGGAAGAGAAGGCCAAGUUGUGGGUUGAUUGCGACGCUUUCUGGGGUCAGGGUCCCGGGAAACCUCUGAGGGAGGCGGUAGGCGAAUGCACCGACUACUUCGUCGCCAUCGCCAACGGAGACGCAGGAGUUGAGCCGCCGUCGAUGCUCAUCAUGCCGCCGAAUGACGUGCCGCGCUUCAAGAUCGACGACCCGGCGCAGCGUGAUCCGGCUCUCCRCAGAGCGCGCAGCGUGGAGAGAGUAGUGYUGYGCACCAUCCACGGUUGGAUCUUUAAAUCGCAGUCGAGGUCGACUGGCUUCUCUCGUGCAGAGUCCUACAUCACCGUCGACUUCGCCACGGACCUCGCACGAGCAGUUUGGCAGGCCUUGGAAUGGUCGAGAGUGGUAUCCCCUGCACCUGUCUACCACACGUUGGCGAUGAAGAUGGACGUGCCUCUAUGGUUCGCGGGGGUGAAGAUUGAGGACCGCCCGGAAGACGACGACAUGGCAACGCGUCAGGAGGCGACAGUUCUUCUGUUGGCGGAGUGCUGGACAGAUGCGAUCUGGUGCGGACAGUGGGCGGAUGGCGGGCGCGUAAAACAGGAGAGGUUGUCCAGGCUGGCGGACAGUCUGCGAGCGUUGUUGUGCGCGGUCAUGUGGAUCAUGCGCAUGGGAGGUGACAACGACCGAUCGGAUUACGAGGCAUGGUCGUACGCGUCCAUGAUCGCGAAACCGAUGAUGAUAGCGGCGGGGUCGUACAUCUUCAACUGGCGCCGACACGUGGUGGACUCCGCCAACCUCGUCCUCGAUUGUCUAGGGAAGGCCCACCUGACGAUGGGAGAUUACCCGCAAUGCAUUCUGGAAUGGUGUGAUUGCGGGUUGGCGUUCGGGCACAACGCUGCCCUGAAGAACGCAGCGGAGGCCGCAAAACACGGGUGGAUCGGCAGCGGGCCCCCGACGGAUGACGAUGGAGAUGAUGGCAAGUGACACGUCAUCUCGAGCAGAUGGCAGCGGGUUGGUUCGCAUCGUCGGCGCUUCGUCGAC